UUGAAUGAAAACCACAACUCCCGCCUCACAUCACAUCGUGAGCUAAAAUCCUGCGGUGCAUUGCUCACAGUUACUGAAGAGAUUGAACCCCCACCCAAGCAUUCACGAUGGGAGCAGGACUACUGGUGCUGCUGGCCCUGCUGCCCCUCGGCAUUCUGGGUAAACCGUGGGCGAAGGAUGGAGAAGACAAGAUGGCGGCGACGUCCCUGCGGAGAGUGAAGAGAGGAUGGGUUUGGAACCAGUUCUUUGUGUUGGAGGAGUACACCGGACUGGAGCCUCUGUACAUAGGCAAGCUACACUCAGACAUGGACAAAGGCGACGGCUCGAUACGCUACAUCCUGACAGGAGAGGGCGCUGGCUCCACCUUCACCAUAGAUGACAGCACGGGUGACAUCCACGCCAUCCAACGACUGGACCGCGAGUUCAAGUCCCAGUACGUGCUGCGUGCUCAGGCUCGCAGCAGGCUGACAGAGCGCCCUCUAGAGCCAGAGUCUGAGUUCAUAGUGAAGAUCCAGGACAUCAACGACAACGAGCCACGCUUUGUGGACGGACCAUACACCGCCAGUGUCCCCGAGAUGUCCAGGAUUGGUACGUCUGUGAUCCAGGUGACGGCCACAGACGCAGACGAUCCCACCUACGGGAACAGCGCUCGAGUCGUGUACAGCAUCUUAGAGGGACAGCCAUACUUCUCUGUCGACGCAAAGACUGGUGUGGUACGAGUGUCAUUGGCCGAUAUGGACCGAGAGACCAGGGAGAACUACACUGUGGUGAUCCAGGCCAAAGACAUGGGGGGACAGCUGGGGGGUCUCGCAGGGACCACCACCGUGAACAUCACCCUCAGCGACAUCAACGACAACCCUCCCAUGUUCGACCAGAGGCUGUACCAGAUGUCUGUGCCGGAGUCGGCUCCCCUGGGCACUGUUGUGGGCAGGAUCUGGGCCAGGGACCGGGACGUGGGAGUGAACGCCCACAUGACGUACUCCAUCGUCGAUGGAGACGGACGCGACACCUUCGACGUCAGCACUGACCCUACCAGUGUGUUUGGGGUCAUCACGGUCAAGAGGCCAUUGGACUUUGAGUCAAAGCGCAGCUACACUCUGAAGGUGGAGGGGGCGAACACAGAGAUGGGACCUGGACACCGCGGCCUUUUUACAGACGUCACUAUAGUUCACGUGAGCAUCGAGGACGCGGACGAGCCUCCUGUAUUCCAGCUCGAUUCAUACCUCCUGGAGAUACGCGAAGACGCAGAUGUCGGGACUGUGAUCAGGACUGUGCAAGCCAGAGACCCGGAUGCAGCCAACAACACAGUUAGGUACUCUAUCGACAAAGGCAGUGACCUGGAGAAGUACUUCUACAUUGAGCUGACCACAGGAGCUCUGAUGACCGUGAGGAGUCUGGACCGAGAAGAGAUCGGAUGGCACAACAUCACAGUACUCGCCAUGGAGAUGAAUAACCCAUCACAGAUCUCCAGUGUCUCUGUGGCCAUCAGAGUCCUGGACGUGAAUGACAACGCUCCCAAUUUAAGCCACUAUCUGGAGACCUACGUGUGUGAAAACGCCAAGGCUGGACAGCUGAUUCAGGCAGUAACAGCUCUGGACCCAGAUGACCCACAGGGAGGACAUCGAUUCCACUACAGUUUAUCUGCAGAAGCCCAGAACAACCCCAACUUCACCCUGCGAGACAACCAAGAUAAUUCAGCUUGGAUUUUGACGCGUCGUAGUGGUUGGGCUCUAAGGGACCAGACGGUGUUCUUUCUGCCCAUCUCAGUUUGGGACGGGGAGGAGCCUGUUAAGAGCAGCACCACCACUUUAACCAUCCGUGUGUGCAGCUGUGACCAUCAGGGGGCAGUUCUGUCCUGUAACGUGGAGGCCUACACUCUUCCCGCUAACCUGAGCCGCGGUGCACUCAUCGCUAUCCUCGCCUGCAUAUUUGUACUGCUGGUGCUGAUUCUCCUGAUGCUGUCUCUCCGCACUCACCGUAAGAAGCCGUAUCUCACUGACCAAGAGGAAAACGUCCACGAGAACAUUGUCCGCUACGAUGACGAAGGCGGCGGAGAAGAAGACACCGAGGCCUUCGAUAUCGCCGCCAUGUGGAACCCGCGGGAAGUGCACCCUCACACCAAACUGCGCCAAGACAUGCUCCCGGAAAUCCAGAGCCUAUCCCGGUACGUGCCACAGACCUGCGUCAUCGGACCUGCUUCCUCUGCAGACGGAAAUGUGCAAGGAUAUGUUUUGGCAAAGCUUAUAGAGGCAGAUUUGGACCCAUGUGCACCGCCGUAUGACUCGCUACAAACUUACGCGUACGAGGGAGAGGGAUCAGUGGCGGAGUCACUAAGUUCGCUGCAGUCAGGAGCGUCAAAUGCAGAUCACGAGUACGACUAUCUAAACGACUGGGGACCACGGUUUAAAAAGCUAGCAGAGAUGUAUGGAGUGCUGGAGCAAAACAGCUCCCCCAUUUGGUAA